CUGCCAACACUCUCCACUUCAUUCACUGCCAUUUGGUCAAGUGCUCAGGUUGCUUUGACAUUCAGCUCCACAACCUGUCACUGCAUCGACGUCACCCACUUAUACAAACCAAAGGACUAAACCAUAACAGUGUGUUCCUCCAGGAUUCAUCUGUCAAAUGCGAUAUUGCUUUUUUCCUUACGUUUUCUUCUAUUGUUCAUUUUGCAGAGACAAGUUACUCCAACUGUAGCCACCCGUGUUGUGGCAGAACUACUGAGAUUGAAAGUUUGAAGUAAAGCAGAGCUGGCAAGUCCAGGAGGAGUUAUUUACAGAACCGUAUUUUCAUUUUGAACUCUAGACAUCAUUAUAACUUGAUUCAAUUCAAUUUUUUAUUUUUAUUUUUUAUCAUGGCUGGGUGUUGCCUGUCUGCUGAAGACAAGGAAUGCCAUAGGAUAAAUCAAGAAAUUGAAAGACAGCUGCGGAAGGACAAGAGAGACGCUCGCAGAGAGUUUAAAUUGCUUUUGUUGGGAACUGGAGAGAGUGGCAAAAGUACAUUCAUCAAACAGAUGAGAAUCAUUCAUGGUUCAGGAUAUACAGAUGAUGACAAGAAGGGAUUCAUUAAACUGGUCUAUCAGAACACAGUUAGUGCCAUGCAAUCAUUGGUCUGGGCCAUGGACAACUUGAACAUCCAGUACAAGGAUGAGCAAAACAAGGAAAAUGCUGAUUUGAUUAAGAACAUUGAGGUGGACAAAGUCAACACAUUGGAGACAAAUCAAUCAGAAGCAAUCAAGAGUUUAUGGAAUGAUCCUGGGAUUCAGGAGUGUUAUGACAGACGCCGAGAAUAUCAGUUGUCCGAUUCUGCAAAAUAUUACCUUGAUGACUUAGAACGCAUUACAGUUCCAUCAUACAUACCAACCCAGCAAGAUGUCCUUCGAGUCAGAGUGCCCACAACUGGAAUCAUUGAAUAUCCUUUUGAUCUGGAAAACGUCAUCUUCAGAAUGGUAGAUGUAGGAGGUCAGCGAUCUGAAAGAAGGAAGUGGAUUCACUGUUUUGAGAAUGUUACCUCCAUCAUUUUCCUAGUUGCACUAAGUGAAUAUGACCAGGUCCUCGCUGAGUGCAAUGAUGAGAAUCGAAUGGAAGAGAGCAAAGCCCUAUUUAAAACGAUUAUCACAUACCCCUGGUUUCAGAAUUCAUCUGUCAUUCUUUUCUUGAACAAAAAGGACAUUCUAGAAGAGAAGAUCGUAUAUUCUCAUUUAAUUGACUACUUUCCUGAAUUUGAUGGACCCAAACAGGACUCCAAGUCUGCCAGAGAAUUCAUUUUGAAAAUGUAUCAGGAGAUGAAUCCGGAUAAAGAUAAGGUUGUUUACUCUCACAUUACAUGCGCCACAGACACAGAGAACAUCAGGUUUGUCUUUGCUGCCGUCAAGGACACCAUCCUCCAGCUGAACCUCAAGGAGUUCAACCUGGUGUAAACGCUGGUAACAGUCUGCUGAGCAUCUGAAAGCCUGGGCCAAGUACAUGUAGAAUAAGUGCAAUUGAUGCAACAAAUGCUGUUUCUCAUUUAGGCCUCUCCAAUAUUUUCAUGCAUUGUAACCAGAGUUCUUAUAAUUGACCCCAAAAAUGUGAAGACUGCUGGGAAGCAAUCAAAUCAGGGCCUUUGUGAUGAAUUUAUUAAAGUUUACAUUUAUGACAUUUGUUAAUUUUAUUAAGCCAUAUUUUUCACCAAAGUAGGCAAGUUUUAAAGUGAGUUCCUAGUGAAAGUGAAUUUUAAAUAACUGUGCACUGAUUCAAAUGCAAACACAACUGCAUGUGUAUCCUUUUCAUUGUAUUAUUUGAUAACCACCUGGAAUCAAAUACAGUAGACUGUAACCCAGGGCUGCGAAACUCCAUCCUCGAGGGCCGCAGUCUUCUGGUUUCCAUUCCAACUUAAGCUCUCAAUUAAACGUAAUUGUAUCUAAUUAUUUCUAAUUAAAGAUAUUUUACAGUUAGUUAUUUUCAAAAAUGCACUUGAUUUAAGGCACACUACCUGUAAAACACUGAUGCCUGGGUGUUAAAUGUGUCCAAUUAAGCAAUUGAGAGCUUGGGUAGAACAAAAGCCAGAAGACACCCCUGCUGUAACCAAAGUGCCUUUUAAACAGCAAAGUGAAGGUGGUUAGUGGAUAUCAAAAAGAUACCUAAAUACAUUUUACUAUUUUUAUAUGAUUUGGGGUAGAUGUUCUUUCCAUGGGUGAACUGUCAUGAAUGGUCAUGUGGGUUUAUGUAUUUAUUUUAAAUAGUGACACUUGAUAAUACUGGAUUAAUAAAUAAAUUGAUUUUUAUGGACACAUCUCAAUGAACAACAAAAACUGUCAGAAACAGAUAAAACAAACAAAAGCGGAAUAUUUAGCCGCUGUUUAACAUUAAAGUAACAAAGAAUAUGAAAUAAAUUAAAAAAAAUGUGAACAUGGUACUUUGUUAGUGUGAAUACAGAACUGCACUGUAUAUUGGUAAAUUGUUCUUUGAUGUAGUUCAUCAUUUACUAAAACUGAAAUGUACAUGCCUUGCUAGUUCAUAAGAAAUACAAAACACUUUUUUACACAUCAUUUGUAAAAACAAAACUGUUUUUUUUAUCUGCCGAUCCUGUGAAAUGUUUAUGGUGUAUAGUAGCAUUUUAAAUCUACUGACAUGAAUAUUAGCUCUUAUAUGUCAACAGUUUCAAGUUGUGUUUCCAAUAUAUAUAUAUAUAUAUAUUUGGAUUUUGUAAAGAUAAACUAUGUGUAGGUUUGAUGUGUCAUGCUUUUUUACCUUCAUAUCUUUAAAACUUAAAUUAUAAAAUACAUUGAACUGCUAAAUAUGAUGUAACACCUCACCCCGUUUCAGAAGUUUGCAUUUGCCAAAGUGAUCACCACUUAGCAUUACCAAAGAAAAUAGGUUUGAUGGUAUUUAUGAAAAAUACUGCACUAGAAAGCUAUAACAAAUAGGACUGACCCCAUGUGAGAUAAAUAUUUGCCUGUUAUGCUGUACAUUUACAAUUAUUGUAAUUUAAUUUAUUUUAAGUUUGUUUUGUAAACUGUACCUUUAGAUGCACAUAUAUACUAUGAAUCUUGCAAAAAUUUGCACCUUGAUGGCACAAGUUAUAAUUGUUUUAUUUCAUUAGAUAAGUCAAGAUACACUACAUUAGAUACACUCCAGGAGAUAGCUAGUGUGUUCCUAUUUUUAAAUUACAUUGUCUAUAGGAUUAUAGUUAUAACAAAAUAAAUAAUGCUUAUACAGUAGGUUUGAUGCACAAUGUGUAUAUACCAGUAUACAAAGUUCUCUAUAAAAUCAGGUAAUGCAGCAAAAAGAGAGACUACAUCUUAGAGGACCUACAGCUAUGGCCAAAUGGUUUGCAUUACCCUAUAGAAU